AGCUUUAAUUUAAAUUAUAUUUCUUCCAUCCAUAUCCCAAAAGCAUUGCCAUCUUUCAUAUAUUGGCACUUCGAGCAAAUACAACAUCAUUUUGAGAUCAGGGAGCAUAUAUCAGGGUCGACCUGUUGAACACAGCAAUAAUGGCCAGCCGCAUGGGUUCGAUUGGGUGCUUGGUCGCUGUGGUGGCUUUAUUAAAGUUUGCAACUGUAACCUCUGCAGGAUUUUAUGAGGUUGGAGACAGCUUGGGCUGGAAUGUUCCCCCAAACACCUCCUAUUACUCCGACUGGGCUACCAACAAGACAUUCUUCCUUGGUGACCAAUUCUCCUUCAACUGGACUGGAACGCACAAUUUGGCAGAAGUAUCAAAGGCCGAUUAUGAUAACUGCACCAAGGUUUCUAGUUACUUUGGUAGCCCACUUAUAUUCACUCCUCAAUCAACUGGUUCUCACUACUUCAUCUGCACCGUCGAUGACCACUGUGAACGGGGUCAAAAGGUGGCUCUCACUGUUUUUACCCCAGACUUCACUGUUGGAUCGCCAGCCGAACCACCCGUGUCCUCUGCUUCAUCUCUGACAGCAAGUGCCUUAUUUGCAGUGCUCUCCACCGCAGUACCCAUCAUGAUUUCUCUCUUGACUUAAUCUAAAUAUGGUAGUACGACUAUUAUCAGAAAUCUCAUUGUUCUCAUGUUAUAGGAGGAAAAAUAAAUAUAAUUUUUUAUUUCUUUAUUGCUUAUAAAUUAUUAUUUGUGUAAUUUAAUGAUGUACUCUAUUUAUGAAUAAUUUACAAUAAAAUGAUUGUUUAAUAUUA